AUGGUCGUAUUCAACCGCCUUUUCCUUACCUCCCUGGCAGCCAUUACUGCCCUCGCGAGCGCCACGUCUGAUGGGGAAUCUUUCUCUCUUGAACAGCGUUCUGGCCGGGUUCAUGUAACUGAUGUGUCUAUGAAACAGCUAUACACCUGCAACGGCGGUGAUAAAAAUGAAGGUCAGCGCUGGGGAAUCGUCUCCCAAGAUCGAGCCGAGGGCUACUUCCGUGACGCCAAGACCAAGACAGGCAAGAGCGGCUACCCAAAGCCGUUUGGCAAUGCAGGAAAGGUCAUGAAGUUCCCCAGCGGUUGCGCCAAGGACGUCUGGGAGCUGCCUCUCCUCCCCAACGAGCCGCCGUUCAACGGCAGGCCAUUUGACUUCAACCAGAAGAAGGAAAACAACGACCCCGGACAGAUUCGCGUGUACUACACAAAGGACCUCAAGUUCUGCGGCAUUGGCGCCAAGAGGACUGCGAACAAGCAGGAAAGGGGAAACAAUCCGCACAACUGCGCGACCAACUAA